CCCCACCCUGUUGCCCCACUACCUUUCCUUGCCUUUCCUCCCUCAGAUGGACAGAAUGAAUUUUCUCUCCUUCCUCUUCCUUUGCUUGACUUCAGUUGCCACUGGCAACAAAGCCAAUAAGCACAAGCCAUGGAUCGAGACAGAGUACCAGGGGAUUGUUAUGGAGAACGACAACACCGUGCUGCUCAAUCCCCCACUCUUUGCCCUGGACAAAGAUGCUCCACUACACUACGCCGGUGAGAUUUGUGGUUUCCGGGUGCAUAAUGGCCCCUCAGGUUCAGGUUCAGUCCAGUUUGAAGCAGUGGUUCUGGACCGCUCCACUGGCGAGGGUCUGGUCCGGUCCAAGGAGCCUCUGGACUGCGAGAGCCAGCGGGAGCACAGCUUCACCAUCCAGGCCUACGACUGUGGAGAGGGGCCCGAUGGAGUCAACAGCAAGAAAUCCCACAAGGCCACCGUGCACGUACGAGUGAACGACGUCAAUGAGUUCUCCCCUGUGUUUGUCGAGCGUCGCUACGAGGCUUCGGUCCCAGAGGGGCGUCUGUUUGACCGAAUUGUGCGCGCUGAGGCCCUUGAUGCCGACUGUUCCCCGCAGUACAGCCAGAUUUGCUUCUAUGACAUCAUCACUCCCAAUGUGCCCUUCGCUAUUGAUAACGACGGAAACAUUAAGAACACUGAGCCGUUGGAUUCAAAGCGUCAGCGUGUUCACACCUUCUGGGUGACCGCUUUUGACUGCGGAAAGAACCGUGCUCAAGCUGAUGCCCAGGUUGUUGUCACUGUCAAGCCGUCCUGCAAACCCGGCUGGAUCGGAUGGACCAAGCGUGUAGAGUACACACCUGGGUCAGGCAGCAUCCCCCUGUUCCCCAGCUUGCAUUUGGAAACCUGUGAAGAGACCGUGUGGAACAUCCAGGCCACCGUAGAGCUCCAGACCGGCCACAUCGGGAAGGGCUGCGACAGAGACAGCUACUCUGACAGAUCUGUGCGACGACUAUGUGGUGCUGUGAGGGGUGAAGUGGACCUCCUCCCACCUCCAUCGCCUGCAGCCAACUGGACCUCUGCGCUGCCUACGCUCCCCUCCUCCGACUCCUCUCUGGUUUUCUCCUUCAACGGCUCAAACCACGUUGCUGUGGUGCCUGACUCGGUUGUGUCAGCAUUAUCUGGCGACCAUUUCACCCUCCAGUUGUGGAUGCGAAGAGGGGGCGCCAACAUUCAGCCUGCGACCACUCAGACCAGAGGAAAUCAUAAGGAAGAAGAGACGAUCGUGUGCAGCACUGUUAAGAACGAUGACUCCUUCUCCCACUACUCUCUGUCCGUCCAUGGCUGCCGCCUUUCUCUCUUCUACUGGCCCGACGUCUCAGCCGCACGGCCCGUCAAGUUCUUGUGGAAACUGGAGCAGGUGUGUGACAGUGAGUGGCAUCAUCUUUCACUCAGUGUCCAGUUCCCCUCAGUGACCCUGUAUGUCGAUGGUGUGACCUUCGACCCCGCGCUCAUCCAUGACAAUGGAGCCAUCCCCAACCCUGCCCCCCACCAGAGGAUGUACAUCGGUGCUUGCUGGGAGCCAGAAGAGAAGCAGAAGGAGAUACUGAACAACACCAUCCCAGAGGGUAAAGACUCAGUGAAAUAUGUGGGUGGUUACCAUGGCCUGUUGUCGGGGGUGACGGUGCGUCCUGGCAGCGUGGAGCCUCACAGUGUGGUGGAGUGUCUAUAUGCCUGCAGAGAAGGGCUGGACUUUGGAGACCUGGAGACUCUGGGCUCUGGCAUGAAGGUUCAUGUGAACCCCAGUCAGUCAGUGUUAGUGCUGGAGGGAGACGACAUUGAAAGCUUUAACCGUGCAGUGCAGCAGGUCACCUACAGAAACUCACUACGCUUUGCCACCCCCGGAGUGCGGCCCCUCAAACUCACUACCUCGCUCAGAUGUUUCAACGAGGAGAGCUGCCUGUCCCUCAAGCAGCUGGAGGGCUACCUGGUGGUCCUCCAGCCUGACGCUCCUCAGAUCUCUCUGUCUGGAGUCGGCCCCCAUCUGGCUCGUCCUGCCCCUGAGUUCGAGGGCCCACGUGGCGUCCCACUUUUCCCAGAGCUCCGGAUCGUCUGUUCACUGUCUCAUGCUGUCAACACGGCUGCUCAGGGGAUGGAGGGUGGAGCUCUAAUGUCCGACGCCGUGGCUCACACUCUGGACGGCUGUGAGGUUCAACCUCUGGGAGAGGAGCUAAACCCAGAGAGGGAGGAGCUUCUAGUCGACAUGGAUGUUGUGCGAGAGAGGGGCCUGGAAAUCAUCAAUACCACUGCAUAUAUUGCCAUCACAGGUGCUGAAUCCAUCUCUGUAUACGAGGACGUCCUCCGCUCAGUCCGCUACCGGCUGGCUAAAGGCUCAGCCCGCUUCGAAAGGCGGUUCCGCUUGUCCUGCUCUGAGAUGAAUGGCAGAUACACCAGCAAUGAGUUGACUCUGGAGGUGAACUUCCUCCACUCUCUAGACAGCCUGUAUCACCCGUCCCACCUGCUGGCCUCCCAGCAGCAGUUUCUACAUCCAUCACAUCACUCUGGGGAGCUGAGUGGACACACCUUACCCAAUCCGCACCGCAACUCAGUUGUGCCAGGAGCAGCCACCGUCAUCAUCAUGGUGUGUGUGGGUUUCCUGGUUGUUAUGGUGAUACUCGGCGUUUUCCGAAUUCGCUCAAUCCAUCGCCGUGGGGAAGGUGCCAGGGGUGGAGCGAAGGAGGGUGGCAGCCAAUGGGACGAUUCUGCCCUCACCAUCAUUGUCAACCCAAUGGAGUCCUAUGAGUCUCGUAUGGGCAUCUCUGCUGACACAGAGGGAGAAGGGGAGGAAGAUGAAGAGGUAGCAGAGUCACCUGACGAUGCGAGUGACGACCAGCGAAUCAUCAUCAAGAAGGAGGGGAGAGAUGGCAACGCCCGUCGCUAUUGAGCCACAUGUAUCUCUGCACCACUUCUCAUGGAAACCACAAACCGGCUUACCAGUCACACACUCCAACACUUUUAUUAUCAACGACUGCUGACACCACUAGUAUAAGGAAUGUAUGCUUACAAACACGAUGCACAACACGUUCACUGUAAU